CUUGAGAGGCAGACGAGCAGGAGGGGAAGCGAAGCGCAGCAGGCUCGCAACUGGUGCACAUUCCGGCCAUACCCGGUGGAGACCGCGGCUGUCACGCCGCCCGGAGCAUUCCCGGCGUGCGAGCGCCCGGGCUUCCCAAAGUACACAAGCCCGACCCUGUGGGCGCUGCAAGUGCAGCUCCUGUAUCCCCAUCCCUCUUCCAGCGGCUUGUGGUGCGGAGCCUCACACACGUUGCCAGCGUUAAUUAUUUAACACAAAGCACUUUUUCAGAAAGCAGCGCUAAGGGAGAGCGCCCGGGGACCGUGCUCCCGCGCAGGCAUCCUCUCUUUGUUUCCUGAGGUCAGCAGGCCGCCUUCUCCCCCAAAUUUGAGUACUUCGUGAGGGUUGGAGGGCCGCCCGAGACUAGGCAGUGAAGAUGCCCUUGGAGCUGACUCAGAGCCGAGUGCAGAAGAUAUGGAUUCCUAUCGACCAUCGCCCCUCGUUGCCCAGAUCCUGCGGGCCGAAGCUGACCAACUCCCCUACAGUGAUUGUCAUGGUUGGCCUCCCAGCCCGGGGGAAGACUUACAUCUCGAAGAAGUUGACUCGCUACCUCAACUGGAUUGGCGUCCCAACAAAAGUGUUCAACGUCGGGGAGUAUCGCCGGGAGGCUGUGAAGAAAUACAGCUCCUAUGACUUCUUUCGCCCUGAGAAUGAAGAGGCCAUGAGAGUGCGAAAGCAGUGUGCCUUAGCGGCCUUGAGAGAUGUCAAAAUGUACCUGACACAGGAAGGGGGCCAAAUUGCGGUUUUCGAUGCCACCAAUACUACUAGAGAGAGGAGACACAUGAUCCUUCAUUUUGCCAAAGAAAAUGAUUUCAAGGUGUUUUUCAUUGAGUCUGUAUGUGAUGACCCUACGGUUGUAGCCUCUAACAUCAUGGAAGUGAAAAUCUCCAGUCCGGAUUAUAAACAUUGCAACUCAGCAGAAGCCAUGGAAGACUUUAUGAAGAGAAUUAACUGCUAUGAAGCCAGCUAUCAGCCCCUGGACCCUGAUAAAUGUGACAGGGACUUGUCACUCAUCAAGGUGAUCGAUGUUGGUCGGAGGUUCUUGGUGAACAGAGUCCAGGACCACAUCCAGAGCCGAAUCGUGUACUACCUGAUGAAUAUCCAUGUGCAGCCCCGCACCAUCUACUUAUGUCGGCAUGGGGAGAACGAGUACAACCUCCUAGGGAAGAUUGGAGGUGACUCCGGCCUGUCCAGCAGGGGCAAGAAGUUUGCCAAUGCCCUGAGCAAGUUUGUUGAGGAACAGAACCUGAAGGACCUCAAGGUAUGGACCAGCCAGCUGAAAAGUACCAUCCAGACAGCAGAAGCCCUUAAACUCCCCUACGAACAGUGGAAGGCACUCAACGAGAUUGAUGCUGGUGUUUGUGAGGAGAUGACCUAUGAGGAGAUCAAGGAGACUUACCCUGAGGAAUAUACCCUGCGUGAACAGGACAAAUACUAUUACCGCUAUCCCACUGGAGAGUCCUACCAGGACCUGGUCCAGCGCCUGGAGCCGGUGAUCAUGGAGCUGGAACGGCAGGAGAAUGUGCUGGUGAUCUGCCACCAGGCCGUCCUACGUUGCCUCUUAGCCUACUUUCUAGAUAAAAGUGCAGAGGAGAUGCCCUACUUGAAAUGCCCUCUUCACACAGUCCUGAAACUGACACCUGUUGCUUAUGGUUGCCGGGUGGAAUCCAUCUACUUGAAUGUGGAGUCGGUGAGCACACACCGAGAAAGGUCAGAGGAUGCAAAGAAGGGACCUAACCCGCUCAUGAGACGCAAUAGUGUCACCCCACUAGCCAGCCCUGAACCCACCAAAAAGCCUCGCAUCAACAGCUUUGAGGAGCAUGUGGCUUCUACUUCCGCUGCCCUGCCCAACUGCCUGCCCCACGAGGUGCCCACGCAGCUGCCUGGACAACCUUUGCUAGGGAAAGCCUGUUUAACAUGAAGGCUCCCAGAGCAGCACAGACACCUCCCCCAGGGGACGUUGAAGAGACGAAUCCGGUUCCAGCCCAUUUCCAUUUCUGAAGCUUUGCUUGUGCUCUUCCAUCAGCCUGAGGCCACAGCGAUCCUGGGGACUUCUUCCAUGACUGGGUGGGGGUGGCGAUGAGGGGGUCUGCAGGUGGGAGAGAACCCGCGCUUCCAGCGGCGUGUGGGGCCGAGGCACUCAAAGGCCUUUUCUGUGUUGCUCUGCAGACCACCCUGUCCUCUGCCCCCUCCAGUCUUCCAGGGAUGUCUGGCCUCAGAGACUUUCAGGAGGCUUGGAGAGUAGGGUGAGUGAGUGGUGGAUAAGAUGCGAGAAGGCCCGGAGGAGGGAAUGUUGGAUGCCUCCGUUCCGUUCUGUUUUGCUUGUUUUAUCUUGGCCUGGGAUGUUCACAGCUGGUCAGAGGACACUGGCAGCAGAAUUCACAAACUAAGGAAGAGCUAGAUGCUAGUUGCUGAAGUUUAAGGGGUAUUUAAAAGCUUCGCAUGGUUCUUUGGAGCCUUGUGGCCUGAGAAGAAGCCUCAUGGAGAAUGGACUUGGGCAUGUGGGGAUUUGGAGCUGUGGGAGCCACGCUGGGAUAUGGAGAGAUGAAUACUUUUUUCCAGAGAGAUCCCUGAGCUGAGACUUGCUUGUCAGCUAAGCCGUGACACUCCCGUGACUCCCACAUUUCCACGUACAUCCCAGGUCUGUGUUCUGCCUUGGACGGAGAUGUUAAAGGACAAAUGAACUAUUUUGCCGAAAUAUGCUAGCUUGGGCCUCGCUCUCACAGGGGGCUCCUUGUUUUCUCUUGUUUCCUGCCUGUAUUUGGAGGCACCUGAGAGCAUCACUCUCCUGGGGCUGCUUGGUCUUGCACUUUGUUAUGGAAGACGUGGACGAGAAAGUUGCACUUUAAGGAACUUUGGGUUUGGGUUAUAUACCCUUGGGGGCUUCGAGCCUCUGAAAGAAUGGGGGAUUGGGCAUGCCCAUGAGAUGGGGAAUCUCAGAGAGAUCCCAGUAAAUUGACCAGGGAUCGAGUCUUCAAGUAAUCUAAAGACUGCCUCUGGAAGCUGGCAUGGAGAAGCACAAGGACCUGGCUUCUUCUCUUCAGGACUUUCCUUACCCCCCCGUUUCCCAGGUGGAGACAGUGGCCCAAGCAAGGCCUCAUUAGAUGCCACUUCCUCCAAGGGGCUGUCUGUGGUUUCCCACCGGGAUCCAGCUCAGUUGCAUAGGUUUUUGUCAACCAUCUGCUGUAUGCCUGCCUAUCUCUGUGCUGGGUACUAUGGGAAACUCAAGAGAAUAAAAUGUAGUGCUUGCCUUGCCUUCAUGGCCCCUGGGAUAUUGGGUGGUAGAGGGGAGGGGAAGGAUGGAAGUAGGGCUUAUGGGACAGGUGGCCCUAAAUAACUCUUGUUUCUGCCUAUUGGCUUUUCCUUGUUGCCUCCAAGUACUAGGGGCAGAGAGGUGUCUCGAGGCCCAGAAGAAACAACUUCUAAAUUGAGCGGUAGAGUCUGUCCAGAUGACCCUUUUAAGGAUCUCUGGAAACUGGUGCCAAAGGUCACUUUUCUUUCCUGUCUUCUGCAGUUGAGCCCUUACGUCCCUUGCCCUCCUAUCUCAAGGGAACGGUUAACUGGAAGUUAGACACCUGAAGCUGGGAGUAGAAAGAAAGAAGCUCUUAAAGAAUGAAUGCACUUUCCCUGGUCAGGAUCAAGGGAAACAGGGACAUGCUUCAGAUACCCUACAACUGUGUGGUUUUCACACCAAACCGUUCAAUUAUUCCCUGCCCUUGCCCCAAUUUAAUUGGCUGUCUGCCUGAGAGAAUGUCUGUGUAUACAUUCCUGUACGACUUAAGUCUUGGAUUCUUAUCCCCCUUUCCCACUGUCUUGAGUAUUGUCAAAUACUGUGUGUGUGUGUGAGAGAGAGAAUGUGUGUGUGUAGGUUUUAUUUUUAGACAUGAAGGGCCUACAACUUUGCUCUUGAGAAUGGUUUUCUUACGUCCCACUUUCUGGCAAGAAUGGCUUCUUUCUUGUUGUCAGAGCAGACUUCUUUGAAUACAGACUUUUCAGUCUUAUACAAGUGAGGGCUUUGAGAGGGUGGAUUUUCCCCUCCUCUCUGACUACUUAAAAUAAAUACACAAAUAAAUAGGCUUUGCCUGACAUAGAACUUUAAUUUGGUAAGGGCUGGCCGAGAUGGGGAAGGAUAGAACACAAACGUGCAUGCGUGGGGAGGGGAGAUCUUGGAGAGAAGUCGGUUGCUGCUUUACUUGAAAGCCAGUGAUCUGACCUGUGGGGAGGUGUUUGGAGGGCGUGUUUGAGCUACAGUCACGGAGCUUCUCCUGAGAGGGCUGAGUCUCAUUCUCCUCCCUACUCUCACCCGACCCCACAAAAAAAAAAAAAAAAACUGGGGCCAGUCUUUUUAACUUUGUGUAUUUGCUUUUGGAUGAGUUUCACCCUCCUUAUUCUGUCCUGAGAGUAUAACCUUGGGCAAAGCUCUUCAUUUGGGAGGAGAAGAGAAACUGUUUGAACCACACCAAUGAUGUUUUUCAUUUGUAAUACUUGAAAUUUAUUUUUUUAUUAUUUUGAUAGCAGAUGUGCUAUUUAUUUAUUUAAUAUGUAUAAGGGAGCCUGGAAAUAGAAAGCUGUGUAUAGAUUGGGUUUAGUUGUUAAUUAGUUUAAAAAAUUAGUUUAGGGGCCUUUUAUGUGUGACUUACGACUUAUCUGUGUUCUGUAUAUUUGUCUGAAUUAAUUACCUGGGAUGAAGCUAUGCUAGCUUUCAAACAGGGAAUGCCUUUCAGAAAUUUGUAUAUUUUGCAGUUGCCAGACCAAUAAAAUACCUGGUUGAGAUACACUGAUGAAGUACGCCUCUGGUCCUUUCUUGGGGGGAGGAGGAGUCUGUAAUUGACAUUUGUGGUCCCUGCACCAGACUCUACCAUUUCGUUCUUGACCUUCCACUUCUUAUCUUCCUCUAAACAGACCAUUCUGAUAUAGGUGGUCAGUUGCUUGCGUUUGGGAAAUAAUAAGCCACGUCCAUUUUUAUUUCUCUCCUUGCAUACCCUUUCCUCCUAGCUCUUUGAAACAGCAGCAGCUCUAAUACAAGCAUUGCAUGACAUAACAAGGCCCAGGCAGAAUUACAGGAAGGCAUAGUUCAUUAUGCAUUUCUUUCACUCUAUUGUCCCACAGCAUCCCCCUUCUAGCCUCUUAAGUUCUCACAGUAGACCUUCUAUAGCUACUUUGCCAUUAACUGGUUGCCAAAGUUGUUUCCCUUCUGAAAUUCAGUAUCUUCAUCUCUACGGGGAAGGACACUGAAUGAGAACCUACAUAUGGUUAUAAGGAAACACUCGAACAUUUCCUUCAGGCAGCGAGUGUCGUGACCUGGAGUGCUCUCACUGGGCUGACUUUUUUCCAGAGUACCCCUACUGCUCCGUAUCAAAAACAUUUCCUAUUCCCUGUCUUAGGCUGGGUUCUCCGAAGGAGCAAAAUGAGUGAAUGUGUGUGUGUGUGUGUAUACAUAUAUAUAUAUAUAUAUGUAAGAGAUUUAUUUCAAGGAAAUGGCUCACACAGUUGUGGAGACUAGCUAGUCCCACCCAAAUCAGUGGGUCAGGCAUCAGGCUGGAGGCUUCUGACUCACAUGGUUGUAGGGGCUUAUGAACCCAAAAUCUGCAGGUCAGAUGGUAGGCUCCUGGCUCACGCCCCAAGAACUGGAGUUGAUAAGUUGGGUGUGGGAUCAAGAGAAGGCAAGCUUUGCCAGAACAUCCAUGUAUAUAUUGGAUGCAGGCCACACCCCCAGGAAACUCCCCUUUGAACUGAUUGGCUGUUCACAUCAGAUCACAAAAUGGAGAAUGAUUAUAUACUAUCUGCCAGACCACUCAGAAUCACAGCCUAGCCAAGUUGACACAUAACCUUAACCGUCACACUCCCAAAUUAGUCUUUCUUCAUUCCUUACGCUUUUCCAACCCUAGCUGUGAAGAGAAUAGGAAGGAGUCAGCAAUUUGGCACUUCCCUUUUGAAAUAACUUCCAAACUUAGUAUUUGCGGACAACGGUGAUGGGACAGAGUGUUUUGAUCAAGAAGCCUUGCCCAGUGACAGGUGUAAACACUCACUCACAUCCACACUUCAGCCAGAACUUCUCGAGUUCUGAACAUGUGUUUUAGUUCUCCUUAUGUGUUGGGUGAAGUCCCUGGGUGGUACAAAGAGUUAA